AGCUGGAGAUAGACACCAGCAACCCUCCCAACCCCAUUAGCGACAAAGGGUGAACAGAAAAUGGAUGGAUGUUUAAACCUCCGUGUCAAACCAAGUUAAUAGAAUGUGGUAGAGGUGCUUUCAAUCAAUAUAUUUUACCUGUAUUUUUCAUUUUCUAAGAAUUUGUGAUGCUAAGAACCUUUAUUUACCGUAACUUGAGAGGAAAGCAGACAGACAGAGAAAAGGGAAAACGUUCUGCAAACGUGGGGCCAUGGAGUCGAAAUCGGCACGACUGUGCUGAGGAGUAAUUGCCUCUAAAUGUUUCAUGAUGUCUACCAUUUAAGCACAAGCUGUAUCCACAAUUAGAUUGUUUUUAAUCUAAACAAAUAACGUUUAAAAUCCAGUAAAUUUCAAAUGAUCACUCCAAGAACAGGAAACCCUGUAAGGCUUAUGGUUUCCUAAACUAAGAUUAGGCAAAAAUAGAGGGGAUUGUAUUUGAUCUAUGCAAUAUAAUUUUGACACUUUCAUGAUUUGGAUCUGCUUUUCAGUCAAAUCAUCCAUCCAGUAACAGAUUUCUGAUUGUCUUUUGUAAACAAAUAACUCCAACAGGUUUGCUCAUUGGCUUAGUUCUCUCAAGCACCAUUAAAUAAGCUCCAUUAAGUGGGUUUUCUUUGUCAAUGUGAUUUUCAUAGUAAAAAAAAAAAAAAAAUACUUUAAUUUUAAAAAACAGAAUUCUCCUCAAAAAGUUGGUUUAUUCAGUUUAAUUUAACUCGCAAGGUAUGAAAUGAAAGUUUACAAAGGUCGGUCCACGCCUAAAUCUUUUUUUGAGUCAACACACUGAACUCGGUACAAAUUAGUAGUUUUGUGUUUGCCUAUUCUUGCAGAGACACAGAAAGGAAGAAGAACGAAAAUUAUCAAUUUUUCCUCAUUGGGUUUCUUCUGUGUAAAGCUUAGAGCAAAAUCUCAAGCGUUGUGACUAUGACAGAGGACAUUAUUCAAUCUGACGUCUAUCUAUAUAUCUAUCUAUAUUUACAGAUAUAUCUAUAAAUAUAUAAUUUUUUUUUUUUUACACUGUAAUAAAAUGGAUGUUGAAUGUGCAGAGAACAACAAGGACAAAGACUCUGCAUUGUCGAUUAUGACUGAGCUGAAAGAUGGAUGCUUUUAUCCUAUGCUCAUUAGUUUCCCAGCAGCCUCACUGUUUUAGCCUUGAUGGCUGUGGCUAAUGUUCAUUCAUAGGGCGAGGCAAACAAAAUAGGUGUACUGGAAUGUAUGGUAAUAAUUCAAAGAUUUGCAAAUGUAAUACAUGAGUCAUGUGGCUAUUUUUGCUGCUACACACUUCCUGUGUACAUCAAAUACAAGAAAGCAAAGCAUAAUGAACUGUGAGGAUGUCGCCACCUGCUGCUAGAGUAAGGGAAAUGCUUUCAUUAGCGUUUAUUUUUUGCCUCCUGAAAACAUCAUUUAUUGAUAAAAUGUAAAUGUUUGAGCCAUCAUAAUGUUUUUUCAGAUAAAUGUUGCAAAUCUGCAGGGGAUAGCUUUUCAUCCAUUCAGGGUACCAGCAGGACAUUGAUGUAAUAUAAGAUGCAUGAGAAUACUCUACACAUCGCCUAACUGUAGGGUUCCUGCAGGCUUAUUUAUAUGGAUGAGUCAUGUUAUUUUAAAAGCUCAAACAGAUGCUCCAGUUAAUGGACUUUUUAAGUGAGGAGCUUGUUAAUAAAAAGCUGCAUCCUUGUUUCCAGUACUAUAGCUGCCAAGCACAUUCUUGUAACGAAAGAAUUACAAGAAUGUAAUUACAUUCUUAAUUACAAACCCCUCCCAACUGGCUUUUUUUUUUUUUUUUUUACAUUGGACCUUUUAUUGUCGCGGUGCAUUAACGCCUUUGCUCUUAUCAUUGCUCACUAAACUCACUGCCACCCCUGCCUCCACUCAAAACCUUCACCCACAUCACCCAUCUGAACCUCAUCCCUUCACCCACCCAGACUCAGACAGCCUCUACAGCUCCACCCGCCUCAGCCUGUCAGACGGGUCAGAGGACCAACUGGAUCGCCUCCAGCAAGUGGAGCUGGCCAGGAUGACGCCCAUGUCUCAGUGGAGGGCUGGCACCGUUCAGGCCUGGCUGGAGGUUGUCAUGGCAAUGCCUAUGUACAUACGCACCUGCUCGGAAAAUGUCAAGAGCGGAAAGGUCUUACUGGGACUAACGGAUGAAGACCUGGAGCUGGGUUUGGGCGUCAACAGUUUAAUGCACCGCCGGAAACUUCGCCUGGCCAUAGAGGAUUACAGAGAGGCUGAGAAUGGCAAAGAGCUGUCAAAGGCCGCAGAUUUGGACCACCACUGGGUGGCCAAGGCCUGGUUAAGUGACGUGGGACUGCCUCAGUACUCCCAGGCUUUUCACACUCACCUGGUGGACGGGCGGAUGCUGAACUCCCUGACCCGCCGUGACCUAGAACGUCAUCUCAAUAUCACCAAGAAGUUCCAUCAGGUCAGCCUGUUGCUGGGCAUCGAACUGCUGCAGUCGCUCGACUUCAACAAAGAGGUGCUGCAGGCUCGUCGGACACAGUGUGAGCACCAGAAUGAGGAUCCGCUCGUAUGGACGUCUCAUCGCGUCACGAAAUGGAUUAAAGAUAUUGACCUCAAGGAAUACGCUGACAGCCUCCUCAGUAGUGGAGUUCAUGGAGCUGUUAUGAUGCUUGACCCGUCUUUCAACACUGACUCAAUGGCUACAGCACUGGGAAUUCCCAGCAACAAACACAUGGUCCGGCGACAUCUUGAUGAGGAGAUGAUGGCACUGAUUGGCUCAGCCAGAGCAAAUACACAGCAAAGCUAUGAUCUUUCAGGUGCGGUAACGCCACCUACGCUGCUCCGGCAGAACUCUCUGACCAGACCUCCCAGCUCUAACACCCGACACACAGAUGACGAGGGUUCUUUAAGAAGGAGGGCGGUGAAGCCUCCAAUAGGGCUCAGCCCCAAAAAGCGGGGUGGGCGGGACCUGAGUUGCCAUAGCAGUUUUGGCUCCUUACCACUGGAAGUUCGAGAUCACACUCCCUCCAGAUCCGAAGGAAGCCCAAUCCGAGGAUACUCAAGCAUCGAGAUCACAAACGUGUGAUGGCAAUAGAGCUGAAAAUGCAGUGAAUACUCUGCUACAUAUACAGGACAGAUUGCACUUUGAAUAAAAGAGUAUGUUUUUUUUCUUGAUUUAAGUAAAUUGUGCACAAGCAAUUAUUUGCUGGUUUGGACUGUCACUUUUUCUUUUGCUCUAAUGUCAGAGAACUGACAGACUUAUUUUUCUAUUAUGUGUAUUAAUGUUUCUUGGUGGUUUGCUUAUGUUGACUAACACUUACAGUCAAACCGAUUAUUCUACCCAAAGAAUUGACUCUUUGUAUUAUACAGGCUACUUAAAGAUUAAAAAAAGAAAAGGAUUACAGUGUUAAAUGCUCUUGUUUCAUCCUGUUCUCUCCAUUGUGACACCUUCUUAAUGUGGUGGACAGUUGAGAAAAAUCUAAAUAAAAUUUAUAAGUUUUUAUGUGUAAAAUUUUUUAUGUACAAUCACACCAUUGUGUCUGAAGAAAUGUAGCACCUCCUUUGGAGAUCUAUCCCGUGCAGUAAAUAUUACAAUGCCAACAAAAGAUGUGUGCUGUAAUAAAAUGAAAUGAAAGUUUUGAAAAUGAAAGGAUAAAGAAUGCUUGUGAUCAAAUAAAGAUCAUAAUUCAAAUACAUCUGGACCAGUGAAAGUAAUUUUUCAAAUAAUACAAAAAAAAACAGAUGUUUCUCAAAGACACAAUGAGAUGAAACUAUAUUUCCCUUGCAAUGUUAUUGAUGACGUAAUAUUGUCCUUCAGAUGAUGGGAGAUUAAACAGGAUGGGACCAUCAUCUGUUAUUGUUUGACAACCAAGAGGCAGGAGGAGUUAACAAAGAAAUCGAAAAUUUUGUUUAAGCUAAAGCUUUUGAAUUUUGACAAUGAGUAAUUAAAAGAGUACUUGACCUUAAACACUAUUUAUCUGGUAUUACAUCUUUGAAGAUCUUUCACAUUGUAGGUCACAAUGUGAAAGAUAAAGAGAGUAUCUUAUAUACUUAAUGAUAAAGAGAGUAUCUUAUAAAUGAGUUCCAGAGCACUCACAUUUUCUCCAACACUACUUUUUUAAUCUGAAUGUUGUUGAUACAUUUGUUUUUCUGGUAGCUCACAAGAAGUGGUACUUCCCAAACUCAAAAAAGCCUUCAGUGCUGUACAAAAUUCACUUGGUAACUUGUAAUCUGCUUUGAAUCCAGUCACAUUCAAUUUUUAAACUCAAGAUCAAAGCUGAUAAGUUGCAUACCUAUAACAAUCUUGCUGGAUUGGGGGUUUCUCUUAGGCUAAAUAUCUUUGUAUUCUAAUUGACAAAAGGCUCAUAUUUAGACCAAACAGUGGCCUUUAUUUUGCAAUAAAUGUUGUUUCUGCAACCUUUCACCCAUUUUGCUUUAUGGGGAAGUUGUAUGCAUGCCUACGUAUUUCCUUUAAGAGACUGUAUAUGGUUGACUUAGUAUGUCAUGGUACUCUGAGUUUUAAAACAAGUCUCAAAGUGCCACUAUUUUGAUAUGAGAGUGUAUAUUAUUCUCCUCUGUCAACCAGAAGACUAAACCAAUACUAUAUAAUAAUUCAUAAAGCAAUUAUUAGAAUUCUGUAUAGCUACCUGCAAAGUUAUAUCAACUUAAACACUCCUUAUGCUCACAGAACAUUUAUCCUUUCCCAUUGAGUCCCAUUGACCUGGAUUGAAUUGGAGAAGUGGUCUUGUCAACAUGCAGCUCUAUCUGCCUGGAAUUAGUCGCAGAAUGUCUUAAAUUUCCAAGAGCUGGUCUCUCUGAACACUUUUAAGUUCUUAAAGAACCUAGAAAGUAAUACAUUCUGAUGCAGAUGCUUCUAAAACCUGAUUGUACUCUUUGUUGUACACUUUAAUGUUUAAGUUUUUGUGUGCGAAACUGUCCCUGUGCUGCUGUUUGGCCAUGCAUCUCUUGUAAUAUAGAUUUUUAAUCUCAAUGAGAUUAAUGUUUUCUGGUGAAAUAAAGGUGAAAUGAGAAA